AUGUACCAAAUCAGAUUACCCAUAAUAGCCGAAAAGACCGCCUUGGUCUCCGAAAAGGUUGCCGAAGUAGCCGAAAAUGUAGCUUACUAUGCCAAAUUAGGAGCCGAAAAAGCCAAAGCCGGAGCCAAAAAGUUUAAAAACUUUAACGAAGCAAUCGAGCAAAAAGCCCGCGAAACCAAAAUAGAGUAUCAACAGGCUAUCCGCAAAGAAGAAUUUCGCCAAAUCAACCAAGAGAUUAUUGAUGGGAGUGCUUUUAAAAGUUUUCGCAUGAACGAAAACAACCUAGAAACCAAAACUUUUUCUCUCAAAGUAGAUAAGCUUUUUUACGAAGCAAUGGGCGAAGGUAAAGUUUUUGAACAACUAGCAACCCAAGCUUAUGCUUAUUUUGGUAGCACUAAAUGGCAAAUUGAAGAAGGAUUUACCGAAGAAAAAGAAGGUAAAAUAACCUUUACCAUGCGCGUAUCCGGAAAAAAAGGAAUUAUUAAAGGCACCAAAGACGAAGCUCAGCAAGAAAACAAAACUUUGUGA